CUAACUGAAGUAUUAAGAAUGAAUCAGAGAAUCCAGUGCCUGUUGGUGAUAGUGGUUGCCGUCGCCGGCAUCGGUGCAAAAGACUCAGCGACCCGUAAUGGCGCAGCCAACGAGACCAACGGCGGCGAGGAACGGGUGGUUACGAUCCAGAUGGAUCCGUACAUGGACCUGUGCCGGGGGGUGUACGUACCGCCGCCGUCACUGACCAGCUCCCUGUACUGCUGGUACGAUGUGCGCAACGCGCACAGUGUCAUCUCCCCUUCGAAGGUGGAGGCGCUCAGCAACGAUCCGUUCGUGGCACUGUUCCACGAGUUUGUGCACGAUGGCGAGAUCGCCCAGCUGCAGGCGCUGGGCAGCAUGCACAUCAUGCAGUCGGGCCCGAGCAACGAUAGCUGGCUGCCGGUGUUUUACGAGAACCAUCAGACGUACACGCUGCACGAUCGGGACCACCCGGUGGUGGAGCGGCUCACGAAGCGCAUCGAGCGGCGGACGGGCCUGAGCUGUGACACGGCCGAAGACCUGAAGGUGAUCUACAACGAGGUCGGCGCGUUCAAGACGGCCGCACUGGAUGCGAUCCACACGAAGGAGGACGCCCAGCGCUUUGCCUAUGCGGGCGAUCGGCUAGCGACGAUGCUGUUUUUCCUAAGCGAUGUCACCAACGGAGGAUACACCAUUUUCCCCAAGCUGCGGGUUGCGAUUCGCCCGCAGAAGGGUACGGCGGCGUUCUGGUACAACCUGAAGGACACCGGGGAGGGCAACGUGCAGAUGAAGUACAGCAUCUGCCCGCUGCAGGACGACCAAAAGUGGACGGCAAAGAAGCUGAUCCACACGCGAGGCAACGAGCUGCGCCAGCUUUGCCGGCCCGAAUCGGCACCAAAGAGUGAGAAGUAAUGAGGAGCGCUUGGCUGCCACGUGAACACGUCACUUCCUCGAAUCUCUUGACCAGCGACGCGGAAGGGGGGUGAAAUAAACUGGAAAA